AUGAGUGUACAGCCUGGGACAGGACACGUGACCGAUGAUCCGUUGAACGACAAGUGCGCCGCAUAUCAACCAGGCACAUCGGAUCUGGACCUUACCUGGGACUCAGAUCAAGAUUAUGAUGAAUGUGUGUAUUACCAUGAAGGAAGUGAUCUAUACGCCGAAGACGUCGAUGGUCAGAUGGCGGUACUGCCGGAAGUACCUGUGACGACGGAGGAUGUGAGGAUCGAAGAUAUUCAACUAUGCGGAUCUAAUAAUCAGACUCCAGAGGAAAUUGAGCGACUUCGCCAAAAGAUCUGGAAGUUCCGACAUCUCUUGAUCGGUAAGGGAAAUGCCCUUCCGCCGGCAGCUAGAGGCGUGGUGUGCGAUAUCGAUGUCGGGGGAGCGAGACCCAUCGCCCUCAAGUGCCGUAAGUUGCGGAUCCAGUUCAGGGAGAAGCUGGCAGACCUGAUCAAGGGUCUAUUGUCCGCCAAGAUGAUCAACUAUUCUAGAUCACCAUGGGCUUCCCCAUUGUGGUGA